GCAAACAUUGUGCCAAUUGCCGAUAACUUAUAAAAGUGUACAAAUUUGUGUGACAAGAAUUGUUAAAAUAAUUGUAAUUUUGCAUUAAAGAAGCUAAAAAGUUAUAAAACAAACAUGGCUGAUGCCGCAGCACGUCAGUUGCAGUAUGAGUACAAGGCGAAUUCCAAUCUUGUGCUGCAAGCAGACGUACGUCUCAUUGAGAGACCUCGACGUGAUGAGGCCACCGGAGAAGUGUGUUCGCUGGUAGGAAAACUAGAUGGCACCCGGAUGGGUGAUCGCUAUCAACGUACGAAGCCAGAGAAAACAGAGGAGCGCAAACAGAAGCGGCAAAAGCGCGAUGAAGCUCAGUAUGACUUUGAGCGGAUGAAGGGAGCUACUUUGCUAUCCGAGGGAAUAGACGAGAUGGUCGGCAUUGUGUAUCGUCCCAAAACGCAGGAAACGCGACAAACAUAUGAGGUAUUACUGAGUUUUAUCCAAGAGGCCCUAGGCGAUCAGCCCAGGGAUAUAUUGUGCGGUGCAGCAGAUGAAAUAUUGGCAGUGCUUAAGAAUGACCGAUUAAAGGAUCGGGAGAAGAAAAAAGACGUGGACAGCUUGCUUGGCUCAGUGACGGAUGAGCGCUUUGCCUUACUGGUUAAUCUGGGUAAAAAGAUCACGGACUUUGGCUCCGAGGCGGUGAAUGCAUUAGCAGCCACACAACCAAAUGAGGAGCAGAUUGAUGAGACAUAUGGCAUCAAUGUGCAAUUUGAGGAAUCUGAAGAGGAAAGCGAUAAUGAUAUGUACGGCGAAAUCCGCGACGAAGAAGGUGGCCAAGAUGAGGGCGAAGAGGCCCGAAUAGAUCACACACUACACUCUGAAAACUUGGCCAACGAAGAUGCAGCCACUAAUGUGAAAAAAGAUCGCGUCACAUUGCAUCCAUUAGAUAUAGAUGCUUAUUGGCUGCAACGUUGUCUAAGCAAGUUCUACAAAGAUGCCAUGAUCUCGCAAAGUAAAGCAGCCGAUGUACUCAAAAUACUUAAAGAUGCUGCUGACGAGAGGGAUUGCGAAAAUCAGUUGGUCCUGCUGCUAGGCUACGAUUGCUUUGACUUCAUCAAACAACUAAAACUCAACCGCCAGAUGAUUCUGUAUUGUACCAUGUUGGCCUCGGCUCAAACGGACAGCGAACGUCAACGUAUAAGAGAGAAAAUGCGUGGAAAUACGGCGCUAGCCAAAAUUUUGAAACACCUGGACACUGGAAAGGCAACCGACGAGGGAGCUGAUGGUGCCGAGGGUGACUCCCGUGGCGGAGGGAAGCGUGGUAAAGGUCACGCUGAUGGCGAAGACGGUGAUCAGUCGGCUGGUCAAGUAGCUGGAGUUCGACAACUAUUAGAAUUGGAUGAACUGGCCUUCACACAGGGUUCUCAUUUUAUGGCCAAUAAACGUUGCCAGCUUCCGGAUGGUUCAUAUAGAAAGCAACGCAAGGGUUAUGAGGAGGUUCAUGUGCCAGCCCUCAAAGCUGUUCCAUUUGAUGCCAAUGAAGAGCUGCAGCCCAUAGAUAAGCUACCCAAAUACGUUCAACCCGUAUUUCAGGGUUUUAAAACAUUAAAUCGAAUCCAAAGUCGCUUGUAUAAGGCCGCCCUGGACAGUGAUGAAAAUAUGCUACUAUGUGCUCCCACAGGUGCUGGUAAGACCAAUGUGGCUUUACUUACUAUGAUGCGGGAAAUUGGCAAACACAUCAAUGAAGAUGGCACCAUUAAUUCGCAAGAUUUCAAGAUAAUCUAUGUGGCACCCAUGAAAUCUUUGGUGCAGGAAAUGGUGGGAAAUUUCGGUAGACGCCUGGCUUGCUACAAUCUCGUGGUCUCUGAGUUGACAGGCGAUCAUCAAUUAACUCGUGAACAAAUCGCCGCCACCCAGGUUAUUGUGUGCACACCAGAGAAAUGGGAUAUUAUUACCCGAAAGGGUGGCGAACGCACUUUUGUCAGUUUGGUGCGUUUGGUCAUCAUCGAUGAGAUUCAUUUGUUGCAUGACGAACGCGGUCCGGUGUUGGAAGCCCUUGUGGCUCGUACCAUAAGGCAAAUUGAAACUACACAGGAGGAAGUGAGAUUAGUUGGUCUAUCGGCUACUUUGCCCAAUUACCAGGAUGUGGCUGCAUUUUUGCGUGUCAAACCCGAUAAGGGACUCUUCUAUUUUGACAACAGCUAUCGUCCCGUUUCACUGGAGCAGCAGUAUAUUGGUGUCACUGAGAAAAAGGCCCUCAAACGUUUCCAGGUGAUGAAUGAAAUUGUCUAUGAAAAGACCAUGGAACAUGCUGGAAGAAAUCAAGUACUUGUCUUUGUACAUUCACGCAAAGAAACGGGCAAAACAGCACGAGCUGUAAGGGAUAUGUGCCUCGAACAAGAUACCCUUGGCAGCUUUCUCCGUGAGGGAUCAGCUAGCAUGGAAGUUCUUCGAACCGAGGCAGAACAGGUUAAAAAUACGGAAUUGAAAGAACUUUUGCCAUAUGGCUUCGCAAUCCAUCACGCCGGGAUGAGUCGAGUGGAUCGUACAUUAGUGGAGGAUCUCUUUGCCGAUCGGCAUAUCCAGGUGCUUGUAUCGACGGCUACCUUGGCCUGGGGUGUGAAUUUACCAGCUCACACUGUGAUAAUCAAGGGCACACAGGUCUACAACCCUGAGAAGGGCCGCUGGGUGGAGCUGAGUGCUUUGGAUGUGCUGCAAAUGUUGGGUCGGGCCGGUCGUCCGCAAUAUGACACCAAGGGUGAGGGCAUUCUGAUAACCAAUCACUCUGAGCUGCAAUUCUAUUUGUCGCUUUUAAAUCAGCAAUUGCCGAUUGAAUCGCAGUUUAUUUCAAAGCUCCCUGAUAUGUUGAAUGCGGAAAUUGUUCUCGGAACUGUGCAGCAUUUGCAGGAUGCAGUUAAUUGGCUUGGUUACACCUAUUUAUACAUUCGAAUGCUUAGAAAUCCCACAUUAUAUGGUGUUUCGCAUGAUGCAAUAAAGGCUGAUCCGCUGCUGGAACAGCAUAGGGCAGAUCUUUUGCACACUGCUGCGUGUUGCCUCGAAAGAAGUGGCCUGAUUAAGUACGAACGGAAGACUGGACAUUUUCAGGUGACUGAUCUGGGACGAAUUGCCUCGCAUUAUUAUCUCACCCAUGAAACGAUGUUGACGUACAAUCAAUUGUUAAAACAAACACUGAGUGAAAUCGAACUAUUCCGUGUAUUCUCACUGUCAUCCGAGUUCAGACACAUUUCCGUCAGAGAAGAGGAAAAAUUGGAAUUGCAAAAACUAAUGGAACGUGUACCGAUCCCUAUUAAGGAGUCCAUAGAGGAGCAUAGCGCCAAGGUAAAUGUUUUACUUCAAGCCUAUAUAUCUCAAUUGAAAUUGGAAGGAUUCGCUUUGAUGUCUGAUAUGGUGUUUAUUACGCAAUCGGCUGCUCGUCUAAUGCGAGCUAUCUACGAAAUCGUUUUAACCCGCGGCUGGGCUCAGCUGGCAGACAAAACGUUGACCCUAUGUAAGAUGAUCGAUCGUCGCAUGUGGCAAUCAAUGACUCCGCUGAGACAAUUUAAGAAAAUGCCGGAUGAGAUAGCUAAGAAAUUGGAAAAGAAACAUUUCCCUUGGUCACGGCUCUACGAUUUAGAACCACAUGAAUUGGGUGAACUUAUAAGAGUACCCAAAUUGGGAAAGACAAUACAUAAGUUUGUCCAUCAAUUUCCGAAACUUGAUUUAUCCACGCAUAUACAACCCAUUACUAGGAGCACCUUAAGAGUGGAAUUGACAAUUACCCCAGAUUUUCAAUGGGAUGAAAAGGUUCAUGGCGCCUCUGAGGGCUUUUGGGUGUUAAUCGAGGAUGUGGACUCGGAACUUAUACUCCAUCAUGAAUUCUUUUUACUCAAGCAAAAGUACGCUCAGGAUGAACAUCAGCUAAAGUUCUUUGUGCCCAUUUUUGAACCAUUGCCUCCGCAGUAUUUCCUGCGUAUUGUCUCAGAUCGCUGGAUUGGAGCCGAAACCCAAUUGCCAGUAUCAUUCAGGCACUUAAUUUUGCCUGAAAAGAAUAUGCCACCCACAGAGCUAUUGGAUUUGCAACCUUUGCCAAUUAGUGCUUUGCGUCAGCCGAAAUUCGAGUCGUUUUACAAUCAGAAAUUUGCACAAUUCAAUCCCAUCCAGACGCAAGUUUUCAAUGCCGUCUACAACAGCGAUGAGAAUGUCUUUGUGGGGGCUCCAACCGGCUCGGGCAAGAUGACCAUAGCUGAAUUCGCAAUAAUGCGUUUAUUUACCAAUCAAGCCGAUGGAAGAUGUGUUUACUUGGUAUCCCAAGAGGCUCUAGCGGAUUCGGUCUUUGCCGAUUGGCAUAGCAAAUUCUCUGCUUUAGAUAUUAAGGUGGUGAAAUUGACCGGGGAAACUGGAACCGAUUUGAAGCUUAUUGCAAAAGGUCAAUUGAUUAUAACGACUGCCGAUAAAUGGGAUGUCCUGUCACGUCGCUGGAAACAGCGCAAGAAUGUGCAAUUGGUGAAUCUCUUCAUUGUGGACGAACUCCAGUUGGUGGGAGGUGAAGACGGUCCCGUCUUGGAGAUUGUGUGUUCGCGCAUGCGUUACAUCAGUUCGCAAAUUGAGAAACAGAUCCGUAUUAUGGCAUUGUCCGCCUCCCUCACAGAUGCCAGAGAUGUGGCUCAAUGGUUGGGUUGUAAUCCGAAUGCCACCUUUAAUUUCCAUCCAAGUGUGCGUCCCAUACCCCUGGAAUUGCAUAUACAGGGCUUCAAUGUCACCCAUAAUGCCACACGCAUUGCCACGAUGUCCAAGCCCGUGUACAACUCAAUUUUGAAAUGGAGUGCUCACAAGCCGGUAAUUGUAUUCGUCUCCUCCCGGAAGCAGGCGCGCUUGACGGCUAUUGAUGUACUGACAUAUGCCGCCUCAGAUUUGCAGCCAAACCGUUUCUUCCAUGCCGAGGAGGAAGACAUACAGCCAUUCCUUGAAAGGAUAACGGAUAAAACGCUUAAGGAGACUCUGGCGCAAGGUGUUGCCUAUUUGCAUGAGGGCUUAACCGCCUCAGAUCAUCGAUUGGUCGAACAGCUUUUUGAUUCGGGGGCCAUCCAAGUUGCUGUUGUCUCCCGUGAUCUAUGCUGGGGUAUGAGCAUAUCCGCCCAUUUGGCUAUUAUUAUGGAUACACAAUUCUAUAAUGGUAAAAAUCAUUCCUAUGAGGAUUAUCCCAUCACCGAUGUACUACAGAUGAUUGGACGUGCCAAUCGUCCCAACGAGGAUGCUGAUGCCAAAUGUGUGCUCAUGUGUCAGAGCAGUAAAAAGGAUUUCUUUAAGAAAUUCAUUAAUGAACCCUUACCCAUCGAAUCGCAUUUAGAUCACAGAAUGCAUGAUCAUUUCAAUGCAGAAGUGGUUACCAAAACCAUUGAAAACAAACAGGAUGCCGUUGAUUAUCUCACCUGGACAUUCUUGUACAGACGACUGACACAGAAUCCCAACUAUUACAAUUUGCAGGGAGUAACCCAUCGUCACUUGUCUGAUCAUUUGUCGGAGCUUGUCGAGAAUACGUUAAGUGAUUUGGAACAAAGCAAAUGCAUAAGCGUAGAGGAUGAUAUGGAUACACUGCCACUUAACUUGGGCAUGAUUGCAGCCUACUACUAUAUCAACUAUACGACAAUAGAACUCUUUAGUUUGUCGUUGAACAGCAAGACCAAAGUCCGUGGUCUCUUGGAAAUUAUCUCUUCGGCAGCGGAAUAUGAGGAAGUAAUGGUCCGACAUCAUGAAGAGCAAGUCCUACGCACUCUAUCCCAACGUUUGCCUAAUAAGCUAACCGGACCUAAUGAAACGGCUCCAAAAUUCAAUGAUCCGCAUAUUAAAACAAAUUUGCUGCUCCAAGCCCAUUUAUCCCGCUUACAACUGGGUCCAGAGCUGCAAGGUGACACCGAACAGAUCCUGAGCAAGGCCAUCCGAUUGAUUCAGGCUUGUGUGGAUGUUUUGAGUUCAAAUGGCUGGCUUUCGCCUGCUGUGGCAGCUAUGGAACUGGCACAAAUGGUCACACAGGCUAUGUGGAGCAAGGAUUCAUAUUUGCGUCAAUUGCCUCAUUUUAGCACCGAAAUUGUGAAACGGUGUGCCGAAAAGAAAAUUGAGACUGUUUUCGAUAUCAUGGAGUUGGAAGAUGAGGAUCGAUCUCGUCUUCUGCAAUUGUCCGAUACACAAAUGGCUGAUGUGGCUCGAUUCUGUAACCGGUAUCCGAACAUUGAACUUAACUACGAAGUGGUGGACAAAGAUCGCAUCAAUUCUGGUUCCACAGUCAAUGUUGUCGUACAAUUGGAGCGCGAAGAUGAGGUAACCGGACCGGUAAUUGCUCCAUUCUUCCCUCAAAAGCGUGAAGAAGGCUGGUGGGUGGUCAUUGGGGAUCCUAAAAGUAACUCUCUGCUCUCCAUUAAACGUCUUACGUUGCAACAAAAAGCCAAAGUCAAGUUGGACUUUGUGGCCCCGAGCCCUGGAAAACACGAUUAUACUUUAUACUAUAUGAGCGAUUCGUAUUUGGGUUGCGAUCAGGAGUAUAAAUUUUCAAUUGAAGUGGGUGAUUUUCAAUCUGAGAGUGAAAGCGAAUCGGAUUAAACCCGAUAACAAAGUAAUGAAAAUGACGAUUGUAGAGUAAAUAAAGAAUAACCAUUUAUAAUUUUUAUCAAAA